AAGUACCCUCAGCCAUUGUGCUGUGAAGCUUCAAGCUCACCGCUGAACCCUCUCGACCUAUUUUGAAGAAGAAAAAAGGCACAAACGCCUCGGUAACUCUUCAUCCAUGUUCCUUAUACGAACCGACUGACAACCGCAUGGACUCUCUCUCAUGGGUGAAAGGUGCUGAUUUCCUCUGUGGACUCUUGUCUGAGUGAAGUGGCCGGAAUAGAGUGAAUUAGCAGGUUAGCCGAGCUCAAUCAUGACAGUGGCGGUGUUUUUCGGCUGUACGUUCAUCGCUUUCGGCCCGGCCAUCGCUUUGUUCGUCUUUACAAUCGCCCGGGAUCCGCUCCGUGUGAUCUUCCUCAUUGCAGGGGCAUUUUUCUGGCUGGUGUCUUUGCUGAUGUCCUCUCUUGUGUGGUUCAUCACAGUUCAGAUCAGCAACAAGAACAGUGCCACUCAGCAGAGAGGACUGCUUAUUUUUGGAGUGGUGCUCUCUGUGUUGCUUCAAGAGGUUUUCAGAUUUGGUUACUACAAACUGCUGAAGAAAGCAAAUGAUGGCCUAUUAACACUCAGUCAAGAGGACACCAUGCCCAUCUCCAUGCGGCAGCUAGCCUAUGUAUCUGGUCUGGGCUUUGGCUUUAUGAGUGGAGCGUUCUCUGUGGUCAACAUACUGUCUGACUCUUUGGGCCCAGGAACUGUUGGUAUCCAUGGCGACUCUCAACAUUAUUUCUUAUCCUCAGCGUUUAUGACACUGGCCAUUAUUUUGCUGCAUAUGUUCUGGGGUGUUGUUUUCUUUGAGGCAUGUGAGAAACAGAGAUGGUGGGCUCUUGGAGCUGUGGUCUUCAGUCAUCUACUAGUAUCAUGCCUGACAUUUGUGAACCCACACUAUCAGGGCAGUUUGAUCCCAACCUAUAUCAUACUGUGUGUCAUGGCAGCCUGGGCAUACUUAUGUGCUGGAGGAUCUUUGAGGAACCUUAAUCUCUGUCUCACCUGUAAAGAUAAAGACUUCCUGCUGGCCAAUCACCGGCCUAGAUAACCCAUCGGCUCCAAACAGGACUUUCUCCAAUGAGCGAAUAGUUCAACAACAUGACAAGCAGCCCUGGACUCUCUUAACUGAGGGGCUUACGUUCUGGGUAGUUUGCAUAUGAAUAGUUGCCGAACAACAUGCGUAUUUAUGUCUGCAGAUCUGGCACUUUCUGUAAUUACCUCCUCUUCUGUUUUCUGUUCUGUACCUCAUGUUCUGCGUGUGAGACAGAGAAAGCGUCAAUGUGUGUGUUUUAUACUGAAGGAUUCUGUAAACAUGGCUAGAGAUGCUUUCCUGUGAUUCUUACCUCUGUAGCAGGUUUUGAACGAGGCCUUGUAUAGGGUUGGCUUUUAAAUGGUUUAUUCUCCUUGUGUCUCCAGUCAGGUUUCUUUUUCUUCUUUAUUUUGUUUUAACUGACAAAUGAGUCUCAGAAUAACCCUUUCUGUCCUUAUCAGCCUUGCAAUGAAUCUUACAAAGCAUUAUUCACCUUUUAAUUCUUUGGUGAUCAAACCCUGGAGCAUUGUAUUUCCUAUUUAAUUAAUUUUAUUUCAUGUGUCUGGAUUUUUGUCUCUUUUUUUUUUGCACAUUUGUCUUUUAAGACAGUUUUCACCUCUUCUUAGGGCAGCAGUGUUAUUUUGCCUUUUAUGUCCAGCUAAGGCUUGAAUGAUUAAAGCAGAGAAACCACAUUGUACAGGAAUGUCUGAAUGAUAUUAAUUACAUAAGUGGGUCAGUGGCAUCUUUUCAGAUGUCACAUUCAUUGGUUAACUUUGGCUGUAAGGUGUAUGAAAUUUCAAUUCUUAAUAAAGUAGCUUGAGAUUAAAUCA